AUGGCCCGCCACAGCAAGAAUGCGACUUCUGCGCCCUUCUAUUCGUAUCAUGAGCGCAAAAAGAUUCGCGCUCUGGGCGUUGGAACGCUGAAAGAGAGGCUUGACACGCGGGCAUGCCGUCGCUUUGAGUGUUGCUGGCUUUGUCUAAGCCCUGCAAGGAUGCCUCUGGCAACGCCUCAGGAAGCAGCAGCAGCUGCCGAAGCAAAAGCCACAGAAGCACAGCGGGCGUUUUUGGAGACAGAGGCAUCCCUGAGUCUGGACACAUCGGCUGCAGCCGCUCCAAACAUGACCCCGCAGAAUGCGGAAGAAUUUCGAGAGACACUCAUAGAGCCACUUAUCACCUCGAAGGAAGAAGCAAGAGCAAAGAACUUUUGGGUGCCAGAGAAUACUCCAGAUGAACCGGAAGCAAAGAUCCAGGAACCCCAGAAAGGUCUUUGUUGCCCCAUCACGGGGGCCUCAUUGCGCAUUAAGCAGCUCGUCAAGGUGAAACCGAACCUUUCAUCUAGGGACGACACGGAAACAACGCGGUGGCUGUGCGCGCUCAGCGGGAGGGAGAUUUCCCAUCAGAAAGCGGCGGUAGUGAAGUCCACGGGCCAAGUCAUUCUUCUUGAAUAUUUGGAGAAAUUGGUCUUCGGUAAAAAGGGAGCUCUUACCUCGGGAAUUAUUGAGAAGAAGGACACUGUAACCCUCGUUUCCGGAGGCACAGGUUUCAGUGCACACAACAAGGUUGAAGUCUCUGUGGCGAGGCCGAACGUGCAGUAA